AGCCAUCGAGAACAAAAACGAGUUGAGUUCGCGAAUGUCCGCUCCGGCUCCAAAACACUGACCUGCAUUGGCCAAGUCGAUAUUUUGUUAAUAUAACAUAAACACGGUCUAAAAUGAACGUCUAGUGAUUUAAAAGUGAAAAAGUACCACAUCCCCCGCUGAAAUUGUGCUUGGUUUAGUGUAUUUCGGGUACAAAAACGAUUUUUUACCGGGCGUGGUCAUCCAAUAAACAAAAUUAGUCACCAAAGUGGCAGCCGCGUCGUGAUCGGAGUUUGACAGUUGUUCGGAAUCCCAUCGAGAAACGAUGUCGACAGUGUACCUAGUUUAGUUUGCCGGUUCGAAAAUUGAAAAAUGAGUGCGAAUAACGUUAACGUAACCGUUCCCACCACUCAAGCAACGGCGACGAUCAAGAGUCGGCCGAACAUCAUGCCCAGCAGUUACAUGUACACAUCGAGCAGCGCUCUGCUAAAUCGCAACACCGAAAACAAACCGACUCCGCCGCCUACUCUGCCAAAAUACACUUCCAGUUUCAAUGCUGGCAGCGGCCUAACCAGAGAAAGGGACAAGGAUUCGAUUGGAGGCUCUUACAGACUGUCCAGUUUAGAUAGACUCGCCAUGAGACAGAAAUUUAUGGAACAGCAGAGCCCUACAAAUGGGACGGCACCCCAAACGCAGACGAAUGGGGAUGGUGGUGUCACCACCCUUCAGUCAAAAAGGGAAAUGUUUUUCUCUAAUACAGUUACUACUACUGACCAAAGCAACAAAGACUCAAAUAGAUUGAAUAAGACACCCAGCAUUGAGAAACCAGCAGUUCCUGAAAGAAGAGAGACUGCAAUAGAUUCAGCAGUGAAGGAAAACAAGGAUGAAUCUAGUAAAGAAUCUAGUCCAGAAAUUAUAAAAGAAAGACCCAGAGUGAAGGAAUUAGAUGGUUAUGUUGGCUUUGCAAACCUCCCUAACCAAGUGUACAGAAAAGCUGUUAAAAAAGGUUUUGAAUUUACACUUAUGGUGGUUGGAGAAAGUGGUUUGGGCAAGAGUACAUUGAUAAAUUCAAUGUUUUUGACAGAGAUUUAUAACGCUAGUGAUUAUCCAGGUCCUACACAAAGGUUAAAGAAAACAGUGGCAGUGGAAACAACGCGCGUCAUGCUGAAAGAAAAUGGAGUUAAUUUAUUACUCACCAUGGUGGACACACCUGGUUUUGGUGAUGCAGUAGAUAACAGUAAUUGUUGGGUGCCAGUCAUUGAAUACAUCGAAAGUAAAUACGAAGAUUACUUGAAUUCAGAGGCCAGAGUUACAAGAAAAAUAACUCCAGACAAAAGAGUUCACUGUUGUCUUUAUUUUAUUCAACCCUCAGGACACGGAUUGAAAUCUUUGGACAUUGAAUUUAUGAAAAGACUUUGUGAUAAGGUGAACAUCAUUCCUAUAAUUGCCAAAGCAGACACAUUGACUUCAGAGGAAUGUGCCCUGUUUAAAAAACAGAUCAUGACUGAAAUUGCUCAACAUAAGAUUAAAAUUUAUGAAUUUCCUGACACUUCGGAGGAAGAUGAAGAACAUAAAUUGAAUAAAUCAUUAAAAGAACGAGUACCGUUUGCUGUGGUGGGAUCCAAUGUUGUGAUAGAGGCUGAAGGUAAAAAAAUCAGGGGUCGUCGAUAUCCUUGGGGCAUAGCAGAGGUGGAAAACUUGGAACAUUGUGAUUUUAUAGCGCUCAGAAACAUGGUGAUCAGAACCCAUUUACAGGACUUGAAAGAUGUUACCAAUAACGUUCAUUAUGAGAACUUCAGGUGUAGAAAAUUAGCUGGCCUGAGUACAGAUGGAAAAAUGUCCAGAAUUUCAAAUAAAAAUCCUUUGGCUCAGAUGGACGAAGAAAAGAGAGAGCAUGAUGCCAAAAUGAAGAAAAUGGAGAUGGAUAUGGAAGAAGUUUUUGAGACCAAAGUGAAGGAGAAAAAGCAGAAACUCAAAGACAGCGAGACUGAACUAACCAGGCGACAUGAAGUGAUGAAGAAACAAUUGGAACAGCAAGCUAAAGAGCUUGAAGAGAAGAGGAGGCAAUUCGAGAUGGACAAGGAGUGUUGGGAGAAGGAAAACCAAGUAACCAUCGAAGACCUUCGCCGAAGAAGCCUGGAAGGUUCGAGGGAAACUGUCGAUGGUAAGAAAGAAAAGAAAAAGAAGGGACUGUUCUAAUGUGAAGUGAUAGGGUGUGGUUUAAAGUGCAUCCUGAGAAUUUGUGUUGAUUUUUUUACGAGUGGCGUGAACUUUUGAGUAUAUAUUUCUGACAAAAAUAUACCUGGCGAGCUCAAGACUUAUAUGCACUUUGCUUAAAUACGGAACAUAUGGCGACACAAGCACAGUAAGCAUUGUAAAAAUAAUCUACAUUUAUUUUCUCAUUUUCUAUUAAUGUGUAAUUUAUUUUUAAGAGAUUAAAACAAUUAUAUAAACCUUAUAUAAGGAGAUAAAGGUAUUUUGAAGUGGCUA